AUGGGAAACAUCAAUGCUUCAACAACAAAAACAACAACAAAACAUUAUUUACACAACAUUUUCCCAAACAAACAUUAUUUACAACAUUUUUUUAAACAAACACAUUUAAUUAUUAAAACAUUGUUUGUUUCACAAUUAAACAACAUUAAUAACAACAAAAUUAAUAAGCCUAUUAUAUCUUCCCUAUUAUUAUUUUCCUUAAUUACUGACAGAUUAUUUUUAUUAUUUUAUAUAAUUCUUGCCUUCUCAAUAACUAACACCUUAUCUGAAACUCCCCUCGGAGCCCCCACCCUUUUCUUCCACCGCCGCAACGAAGAACGCGACAUGGGUGGUGGUGGAGGUUCUUCCAGAAGUGGUGGAACCGGGCACGCAUCAGCAGCACUUUUAUUAGCAGCAGCUCAUCAAACACAGAGGCAUAACCGAUGCUAUUCUUGUAUGUCCGCCGUCUAUGAACAAUUAUUCAAAGAAGGCGAUCUAGGAAAUUUCUUUUUUGAACCACGCAAUUUUACUGCACAAUGUGAUGAACAACCAAUGAAUACACAUGGAAUUGGAUUAGUUCCAUGUCGAGGAAUUUGCCUUUCAUUAGCCCAAGAAUUUGUUAUUAUGGGAUGUGCCCAUUCCUUAUCUAGACAUGGCUAUAUUAAUAGAACAAUAGCUUUCUUUGCUGAAUUUGAUAUGUGCCGAGAAGUUUUGGCUUCUGAAUUAUUCCGGCUUUCUUCAAAUAAUAAAAUUGGUGGAAGGUCUGUUGAACAUUUUCAUGGAGGUGUUGGGUCUUCUUCUUCAGUUGGUGGUGGUAGUGGUGCUGGCGGCCUUAUGGAUUCACAACCAAUUUUGGUAAAAAAAUUUUUUGUUUUUUUUUGCCCUUCACAUUGUGCCGCUGUCUUUUUUUAAUUUGAAAAAUUCUUUGAAAAAAAAAUUUUUUUUAUUCAAACAGGCCUGCAGCUGUCUAGGUGACCGAUGCAACACCCAAUCAUCAGGCUCCAUAUCCAUCGAAUCAAUUCCCAACAAAAUUCUGCUUGCAACAAUAUUAUUAUUUUUAUUAAU